UCAACCAUCCGGUCUACGUCAAGACGCAGGACGUCGGGGUCACGGUGGGGUUACGUUCAGUGUGUGAAGUACGGCGGCAGUCUGCGAGUUUACAACAAAGUACGAUGUACCGACCUAAGGCCACCCUGAGGGACAGGCAGCACCUGUACAAGCUGAUUAUCAGCCAACUGCUGUAUGACGGGUAUACCAACAUUGCCAACUGCCUGAUCAAUGAGGUCAAGCCCCAGAGUGUGGUCUCCCCUUCAGAGCAGCUCCUGCAGCUUGCCAAGCUGGGCAUGGAGAAUGAUGAUAGUGCCGUGCAGUAUGCCAUUGGGCGCUCAGACACUGUUGCGCCAGGGACGGGCAUUGACCUGGAGUUUGAUGCAGAUGUGCAGACCAUGUCCCCCGAGGCCUCGGAGUACGAGACCUGCUAUGUCACCUCACACAAAGGCCCCUGCCGAGUAGCCACCUACAGUCGGGAUGGCCAGCUGAUAGCCACAGGCUCUGCUGAUGCUUCCAUCAAGAUCCUGGACACAGAGCGCAUGCUGGCCAAGAGCGCCAUGCCUAUAGAGGUGAUGAUGAAUGAGACAGCCCAGCAGAACAUGGAGAACCACCCUGUGAUCCGUACACUGUAUGACCAUGUAGAUGAGGUGACCUGUCUGGCCUUCCACCCCACAGAGCAGAUCCUGGCCUCAGGUUCCCGGGACUAUACACUCAAACUGUUCGACUACUCCAAACCCUCCGCCAAAAGAGCCUUCAAAUACAUACAGGAAGCUGAAAUGCUGCGCUCCAUCUCCUUCCAUCCCUCCGGUGACUUCCUGCUGGUGGGCACCCAGCACCCCACCCUGCGGCUGUACGACGUCAACACCUUCCAGUGCUACGUGUCUUCCAACCCACGGGACCAGCACACCGACACCAUUUCCGGCGUCAGCUACAACCCCACCGCCAACAGCUACGUCACCUGCAGCAAGGAUGGCAGCAUCAAGCUGUGGGACGGCGUGUCCAACCGUUGUGUGGCCACCUUCGACAAGGCACACGACGGGGCCGAGGUCUGCUCGGCCAUCUUCUCCAAAAACUCCAAGUACAUCCUGUCCAGCGGCAAGGACUCUGUAGCCAAGCUGUGGGAAAUCUCCACAGGGCGCACACUGGUCAAGUACACAGGUGCCGGUCUGAGUGGGCGCCAGAUGCACCGGACCCAGGCAGUGUUCAACCACACCGAGGACUACGUGCUGCUGCCGGACGAGAGGACCAUCAGCCUCUGCUGCUGGGACUCCCGCUCGGCCGAGAGGAAGAACCUGCUCUCCCUGGGACACAACAACAUCGUGCGCUGCAUCGUCCAUUCGCCCACCAACCCCGGCUUCAUGACCUGCAGCGACGACUUCCGAGCGAGAUUCUGGUACCGUCGCACCACUACGGACUAGAAGUCUGUACCCCCCUUUGCUCUAGGAGCUGCUGUAUCUGCCAAACCGCGCCGAUCCCGGCCGCUUUUCCUCUUACCCGUCAGCCACUCAGCAGAGAGAGUCAGGGCUGGAUACUGUCAAGCAUAUUUGGAUGAAGGGGAUGUCAAAAGCAAGCUUUAUUGUUUCAAAACGUAUGAAGAAAGUGACUAGGAGUUCAUAAAUUGGAUGACUUUUUUUCUCCCCCUGCGUUAAAUAAUCUGCCUUCUAUUUAUGUGCAUGUCUUAGUAUUGUGAAUUACCAUUUUUUUGAAGGUGUUGCACAAUAGGAUGAGUAGCAUUAUGGUUUUAUGGGUCCGAAAAUGUGACGGAUCAGCUAUUCAGUCUCUCUGAUCUUGUUUACUGUAUGUUGCAAUUUUGUUCACCUGCACAACUUGGAAGGUUAUGUAGGAUAUAUCUCGAAUUAAAGUUGGUUGUUUUAAUGGGGGGUAUUUUUUGAUGGUUUCAGAGACAUCGUUACUAUAGCACAUCAGCCUGAAUUGCAGAGGCAAAAUGUU